AUGGAUCAAAGCAACAGAAUAAGCCCUCAGUCAGUUAACAGCGAUAUAAGCGAAAUACAACCUACUCAAUCGACAAGAUCACGUGGAUGUAUUCGAAGUAAAUUGACGUGGAUCAUAUUUACUAUUGUGAUAAUAGCGGGCAUUAGUAUUCCAACAGCUAUUAUUCUCACGAAAAAGGGAAAUGUUGUUGAAACAAAUUUAACAACAAUAAUAACGACAACAGGAAAAGGAUCAACAACAUUGAUGUUAACAACCAUCAAAUCAUCAACAACAACUACAACAGCAGAACCAGGAUCAACAACAACACAAGCAGUCUGCCAAUCGGAUGCAACUGCUAUUACAUUUGAUGAUAUUCCAUCAGCAAAUCCUCGCGAAGCCGAACUUCCAAUAAACUAUGCAGGGCUUACUUGGACAAAUGGAUAUUAUAUAAACAUAACCACUAGCCCUAAGUCUGGCUAUAGACAUGCUGUUGCCUCUGGUAUAUAUGUAGGAUGGAGCAGAGAUCCUAUGACAAUGCAAACACUAUCGGCUAACUCCACAAUGACAUUUGUGUCAUGUAUAAUGGCUGCCGGAUGGUCAAACUCAACAAAAGUCAAGAUUACUGGCUAUUAUUCAAAUACCCAAUUGAACACAACCACAUAUUCAUUAAAUACAUAUACAAAAACUUCAGUUGUGCUUAAUUGGAGCGGGAUUAAUAAAGUUAUUUUUACACCAUCUGGAUCCGGAGAUAUUGAUUAUGGUAUGGAUAAUUUAUGUAUUAUAUUUUGA